AUGAUGGACCUGGACGACGACGACGGUCCGCUAAAAAUGGAAGAUGGGGGAGGAAGUGGCGGUAGCCCAGGCGGUAGUGACGACUAUAUUCUGCCCCGUCCACCUUCCCCAGGAGGAUUGCAACGUACAUUCACGCCUGUCGAUGACUACGAAACCACCUGUUCACCAUUGCCGCCCCUGCCCCCCUCUUCAUCUUCCACAUCCAGCGAUUACAAGAGAAAUGGACGUGCUAAUUGCGAUUUUCACCUAUCACGGCCCAUCGCCUCCCCUUUCUCUGGUCAUAAUUCGCAGCACCAGCCCUACUCCGCACCGAUGGGACCUCCCCAGGCGCAUCUACGGGAGAAUAUUAACCGAGAUCUCCAACGUGGCUAUGCUAUGCAAGAUGAACUUGGGAAAAACUAUUUCUUGGAUGAGAGCCCGUCUGAUGUAAUGGCUUUCCCUCCUCCCACUCCAUACAAACCCGCCCAUCCGGGCUAUGCCCCGGCUUCUGCCACCAGGACGCCUUCCUCUCUCCACCGACAUCCCCACGAACCGCAUUCCCACCAUCACCCCACGCACUCCUCCAAACGGAACGGCCGCGGCAGCAACCCCUGUAGCACCGACAAGCACCGAGGCAGCGGGGCCGGGCCAGGAAGCAGCGGCCGGCGGACUUCCCUCCAUCAGGGUCAUGGGCCGACCACGCCGGUGUCGCGUUUCCAAACGGACUUUGACGUUGUCCGCGUCAUAGGCUCGGGCUGUUUCGGGGAGGUCUACCGUGUCCGAAGCCGGGUGGACGGGGUGGAAUAUGCGGUCAAGUGCACCCGUCGCCGUUUCCGGGGGCCCGCAGACCGAAACCGUUACCUGCAAGAGGUGAAGGCGUUGGCGAAAGUGUGCGCUGCGGACAGCAGCGAGGAAGUCUUGCAUGUUGUUCGGUACCACCAGGCUUGGAUCGAGGACGAGCGUCUCUUCAUGCAGACAGAGUUGUGCGAGGAGAGCUUGGACGGGGCGCUUCGAGCCGGGGAGAAGAUGGGCUUCGAAGAGGUGUUUGAUUUCAUGCGACAGAUGCUCCUGGCUUUGGACGUGUUGCACCGACAUGGCCUCGUACACUUGGACGUGAAGCCUGGCAACAUCUUUAUCAAGGCGGGUGUGUAUAAGCUGGGGGACUUCGGCCUGGUCGCCUCCGUCAACAGCAGCGACGGUCUGGGCGACAGCUUGGUUGAAGGCGACUCCCGCUACAUGUCCGCCGAGCUCCUCCAGGACGGACCGAAGGACCUGACGAAAUGCGACAUCUUCUCCCUGGGGGCGACCGUCUACGAAAUGGGCCGGGGCCGGGCUCUGCCACCGAACGGGGAGGAGUGGCACGCCUUGCGGUCUGGGCAUCCCCCUUCUUUAAAAGGAGAACCGGCGGUUCUGGUCUCUGAUUUGAUGCGGGUCCUCGCCCAGAUGAUGGCGGUAGGCAGCUGA